AUGACGCCCGUCGUUCGCAACCUGGAUCUUGUCGCUCCGGACCGCCCCGCUCACCAACACUCGACUAUGGUAGAUAAGUUUCCCCUCGUGUCUGUCGUCCAACACGACACCUCUCAGAGCCCUGAUGGCUCGUUUGGAGUCUGGUCCUUGAAGCUUCGCAACGUGCCCGCCCAGUUUGCCUUAGAACCACUGUGCGCUCCCUUGCUAGAACCUCGCCCGACUCGCGCGCUCCCGCGCCUCUCUCACUUUUCUCUAUCGACUCCAUCGUAA